AUGUUUACAGGGCUUCCAGUCUGCUCUGCCCACUCCGCCGCUUGCGAGAACUCCCUCCACUUUCGGCCCAUCCUGUCGCCACUCCCUGCUCGCACCCCAACCUCGAUGCCGCCCAAACCGUCCGAGAACUACCGCCGAAGACCAAGACCCUCGAAAUUCUUCAAUCUUGAUGAAGUAACUGCUAAGAGGAUUCAGGAACCCACUGCAGAGCAUGAUGUCUCUGCAGGAUUUGACUAUGUUUCCAAGAUCAGACAGCUGCGAGUGCUGCAGCAGGCUGCCAGCCGCCAGGUUGUUUUCAAGUCACGCAAAACAAUCUCCGAUCCCAAUUCUCCCGGUGUCGCUGGCGCCAGUCCGGGAAUCCUGAAGCCCCAUCCAACCUCAAGAAAGUUGACCAAGCUGAAGAAGCUGGUGCUCCAUCAUCGUCAGGCCGUCAGAGCCGCUCAGAAGCAGAGAAUCGCGCACGCCCUUGAAAUGCAGCAAGACUUUGGUGAGCCCGAGGCCGAGUCUGAGUCUCUGUGUCCCGCACACCUGGCAGAGACCAUCGUUGCGAACCAUCCGCCAAAUGAAGCAGGUCCCAACUCCGCCCUCGCACCCAGUAUCGACCAAGCCUGUGUCGAAGUGGAGGGCGUCGCUACUUUACCUCGGCCCGAGCCUACCAGUGCCCCCAUCGACGAUUUGAUCGCUGGCGGCAAGUCUUUGUCGGAGGUGCUGGGCAGUCAAGGCCCUCAGCACUCCCAACACCCUCGGCUCUCCGACUUGGAUGUCCACGAAGAUGCCGAGAUUGAUGUCGAGGACGAAGCCGAUUCGGCCGACCCGUAUUCGCGCACCGGUUUCAAGUCCAAGGUCACCUUCCAUCUGAAUCCCGUAUUUGAGCACGACAGCGAAAUCGACAGCGAUGACGUUGGCGACAGCGACGACGACCCCGAUGUCGUCGAGUCCGAUGAUGACCAUGUGGACCCUGAACUGCAGUCGGAUCUGAUUAUCGAAGAAGACGAUCCCUUUUGGGGCAGUGUGUCCAAGGAGAAAUUUUCCUGGGCUGACGAGAUGCCCGAUGGUGAUGAUCUGGACGACGUCGAUGAGUCCAUGCUCUUGUUCUCCAAAGAAUCGCUGAUGAAAGAGCCUCCACUCAGGGCUGGCGAUCUGCCGAUCACCAUCUCGGUGCACUCCACCACUGGCCCGGAGCUGAUUGAGAUCCCCAUCAACAAGUAUCCUCGCCACCCCAUGCCUUCCCGGAAGAAAAAGCUGGCCCAUCCAGUCCGGUGUGCUCUUCAGCGAGUCGAGCCAGUCGACCGUGGCGAAGCAAGAAGCUAUGUUUGUCAGCUCGUCACCGAGGACAUUGAUGAGUGCGUCAAGGCUUUUCUGCAGAAGAUUGUGUACUUUCAAACCCGCCAGAAGGUCAAUGCCCCGCUGAAGGCCAAACGCCGUGUCAUUUGCGGUCUGCGUGAGGUCCAGAAGCACAUGAAGCGUGGCAAGGUCAAGUGUCUCAUUGUCUCAAAGAACAUCGAAGCCUCUCCUGGCGAUGAGGGACUUGACAGCAUCGUCCAGAGCAUCCUUGAUUCGGCGCACACAUCUUCGAUCCCCAUCAUCUUCUCGAUGACUCGGCGUCAGCUUGCCCAUGCGAUUGCACAAACCCGCGAAAACGUCGUCUCGGUGGUUGGCGUCCUUGGCUACGACGGCGCCGACGAAGAGUACCAAGAGAUGCUCAACGUCGCCUCGCACCUGCGUUCGCAGUGGCUUGAGCAUUUUAUGAUUCCGAACGCGGCGCAGCCCCAGGGUUUCUUCAACUCGCGCAACGAAAGCCCUCUCUGGAUCGCUGCCUGGAACGGUUACCAUCAUCCCAAGAUCGUCGACAGCCUCGUUGCAGUUGGACGAGAGCGCCUGCCGCCCUUUGGCUGGAUCGAUGAGCCCGACACCUUCAACGGCGACACACCACUGCUUUGCGCUGCUCGCCGCAACCACGCAUCGUUCAUCCAGUCGUUGGUCAAGUAUGGGCCCGACAUGACCUGUCGCUCGUUUUCCCUCGAUACCGUCCUUCAUUUGAUUUGCGAGCGCAGCGGCAACGCCGAGCUGCUCAAGAGCAUGCUCGAGCUCGCCGAGAAAAAGAUGUCUCAAAAGGCCCUGGACGCGUUCUUGAAGAAGGUCAAUGCAUUUGGACGCAGCGCUCUCCAGUGUGCUGCCAUGGCCCGUCACGGUGGAUGCAUUGAUACCUUGCUCGAGUUUGCCCACCGCAAGUCGAUUGCCCUGAGCCUGUGGUCCAUGGACGAGGCUGGCUGGUCCACCAUGGGCUACCUGGCCUCCUCCAAACAGCUCAGCGGCAGUUUCCGGAAGGCACUUACCUACCUCAAUGCUCCCAGCGCCGCAUCCAGCAUCUCGGCGACUGCGACUGCGACCGCUCCGGGAAGGCACCAGGGCUCCUCCGGUGUCGCUUUGGCAGAUACCGACCUCGCCCUCGCCCUUGCCGAUCGUGACAACGACGUCUGGAAUGCCGUCGUGGGCGUCACUGACAGCAUGACGACCCUGAUCUGUGCCGCAAAGUCUGGCAAUGCCGACGUUGUCAGGAUCCUUGUGGAUGCAGCCACUUCAACGAUUAUGGAAAAGUCCCGCCCCGGGGGCAAGAAGCACAAGAAGAGGGUCGCUGAUGUCGAUCGCCUUGACCGGACUGAUGAAGAAGGACGCAGCGCUCUUUGGUGGAGUUGCUACCACGGCUAUCUUGGCAUUGUCGAGCUGCUGAUUCCAGCGCAGUGCGACGUCCGCCGCAAGGACCAUCGCGGACAAUGCCCGUUGGAUGUCGUUGGUCGUGGCGUCAAGGGCUACGAGCCCGUGGUUGGCUCUCCAUCGGAGCCCGGCGAAGCCAACGAGUCCGAAGCUGGGCCUUCUCCGACUCUCGACUCGGUGGAUGACGGGGCUCAGCGCUUGACUAUAACCAUUGUGCGAUACAGCGAUGAUUCUGUUGUCAAUCCAGUGUCCUCGGAUGCAGCGUCCUCGGAUGCAGCGGACGACGACCGCACCACCAUCUCGGUGGCGCCUGUGGAAGCCGAAGCCGAUGCCGAUGCCGAUGCCGAUGCCGAUGCCGAUGCCGAUGCCGAUGCCGAUGCCGAUGCCGAUGCCGAUGCCGAUGCCGAUGCCGAUGUGGGCUGUGAAGCGGAGGCCCUCGAUGAAGAAUCGGCCAUCGAUGUCGAGCCAUCUGAUGCCGAGGAUACCGACCACGUCGAGGUUGAUGAAGAUGCCGAGGUUGAUGAAGAGGUCGAUGAAGACGUCGAGGUCGAUGAACAUGAUGAAAUUAUCAAGAACUGCAUCGAAAUCGAAGCCGGUGCUCCGGAGCUGGAGGCUCUCCAUUCCGACGAAGCCGACGCGGACCCGCCAGCCAAGGUGACUCGAUCCAAGCGCCAGAAGCAAAAGGAAAAGAAGGAGCUGGCAGCCGAAAAGACCUCCGUUUUGGCCAGAAAGAAAAGCGCAGCCGAGAAGCAGAUCGAAGGCAAUCUAACCUUGAUCCGAUUCAUCGUCGACCAUGCGUCCAAGGGCAAUUUUGAUGUCAAGCAAAUCCUGUCCAUGACCGAGCGGUCCAAGACCGGCGAGGUCCGUAUUCUGGCCGUCGCCCAGGAUACCCGCGAUCCCGACCGCGUAUCAGGAACAGGUCCAGCUUCUGCUUUUGGAACCAACGACCCGGCUGCCGCCACCGCUACCUCGACUGGCGACAAGGCGAAGAAGAGUCGCGGUGGCCGACGCAGCGGAAAGAGGAACGGUCGCAAUCCCAGCACCGCCAAUAUGAAUGCCGACCAUGGCUCCAAUCGCAAGCGGGAGAAAGUCGACGCCAUCAACCCCAAUGUUGGCGCCGACUCGUCGGCAAACGUGUCGCUUGGAAGUCCAAACAUAGCAAGCGCCGGUGGCGAUUCCAAGCGCAAGGGGCGAUCGCGUGGCGGAAAGAAAGAGAGGAAGUAG